AUGUCGGCUGCUUCAAAUACAGUGGAAGAAAUUUAUUUAAGUGUGGUUAAUGAUGUUAUUGCACAAUGUAAAGAAAGUUUCUUGGAUGAUAAUGUAGAUUUAGAGGUAUUGACACAACUUAAAGAUGAAUGGUGGGGAAAAUUAAAACAAUCAGGCUGUGUUGAUUACUCUCCUCCACAAAGGCUUAUAACAAAUCAAAUGAUUCGCCCAGCACCAACCUCAAAUAUGAUUAUGGGACAAAAUAUAGCUCCAUCUCAGUCACAUGUGAAACAACCAAUACAACAACAACAACAACAACAGCAACAACCACAACAAAUUGUUAGUAAUGUUUCUGGGAUGUUAACUACUAAUACAACAAAUGGAAAUAGUAAUCCUAAUCCACCGACAUCCCAAAUGCCAAAUGCAAUAUUUACCAACUUGCAACACUUAAAUUCUCAAACAAAUCAGCAGACUAUAAAUAAUUUAUUGGCUCAACGACAGAAUGGACAAAUUCCUCAACAGAUUAUUAUCCAGCCUUCAAAUAUUCCUGGUGGAGGUCAAUUGUUAUAUUUAAAUACUACACAAAAUAUUGGAAAUUUGUCAAAUCUUUUAACAACAAACGCUGGUACAAUUAGCUGUGGUAUAGCUACACAGGGAAGUAACAAUUUUGCAAAUAUGCUUCAACAAACUCCUUUGAGAAAUGAUGGUACUAGUAUGAAUGACCAGAAUGCUGCGCUUCUUCAAAAUUCUUCUCAACAACAGUUAUUCCAUUUACUUCAACAACGUACCAUAGUUCCACAAACCAAUAAUGGUGGUAGUAUUAAUCAAGGUGGAAAUAUUCCACAAUUAGAUGGUGCAAUAACUUUAAAUGAAAGUAAUAACGAAGUAGAGGACAUUAAUGUUAAGAAAUGUAAAACAAAUACUAAAAAUGCUUUAUCAAAAGAGAAAAAUGUAAAAGCUUUAAAGAAAGCUAUAGAAAAAAAAUUUAUCAUUCAAUUAGAUGGUAGUCAUACUGGGCAUAUGUCUGACAGUGAUUCUGAUGAUGAUGAAGGUAAUGAGGAUGGUCUUAUUCAAUAUGCAAAUGAAGAUACAGAAGGAGGUGGUGAUGAUAAUCAAGAAGAUCCACUAAAUUCUGAAGAUGAUCAAAGUGAUGACGAAGAUGUAGUAAAAUUAUUUGAGUCAGAUAACAUUAUUAUGUGUCAAUUUGAGAAAGUUUCGCGUACCCGCACAAAAUGGAAGUUUAAUUUAAAAGAUGGUAUCAUGCACAUUAAUGGAAAAGAUUAUUGUUUUCAAAAAUGUUCAGGUGAAGCUGAAUGGUGA